CUCGCUCACGUUAGUUUGCUCCUCGUUUCCGCGCAGUCGCCUCACGAUGUCCGGAGUUCGCAGAGCUUCAGCCGCGGUGUCCGCCUUGAUUUUCUGCGGAGUUGUUUUGAGAGCAGAUGCGCAGACUCCUUCUCCAGCUCCGAAUCCUUGUGCCUUGAGAUCCAACACCAGCUGUGCUGAAUGCCUGCAGAAUGUGGCAUGCUUGUGGUGCGCACCAACCAAACAAUGCCUCGACUACCCUGUAGGAAACAUCCUGCCCCCCAGCAAUGUGUGUCCAUUGAAUGAUGCGCGGUGGGGGGUAUGUUGGGUCAACUUCCAGGUUCUGAUCAUCACCAUGUCAGUGCUGGCUGGCAUCAUCAUCAUCGCCAUCCUCGUUUGCUGCUGCUGCUGCUGCAAGUGUGAACGAUUUGGGAACAAGAGGGAAGAUGCAAAGGUGGAGCGACAAACCCGCAUGAGGAAGGCCCGUCAGAAAGAGAGGAGAACAGAAAUGCAACUGAGACAUGAUGAAAUCAGGCAGAAAUACGGUCUGGCAAAGGAUAAUCCAUACGCCCGUAUGGACAAUCAUUAAGAAGAAUCUCAGCUGUGAUUCCUUCAAUAAAUCCCUUAAGAUGAUCUUACGGAUGCCAUAGAUGAUACACAUGUAGCAUAUGAUAAACUGUGAUUAUCUGAUUGGAUUUCAGAGGGUUGGCGUUGUCGAUGACACCCUCUGAAAUAGUUUUGAGAGGGUGUGCACUGUAUUUCAAACAUGAUCUCUUCACCUAAUAUUUCAUUUUAUACAUGAUUGCUAGAUUAAUAUUUCUUAUGCCUUUAUUUUGAUAUAAGGUAAUUAGAGGGAGUUCCGGUCAGUUAACUUGUUUUUCUGUCCAUUGUAAAUUUUAUACAACUCCAGAGCAGAUGAGUGCAUGUGGUGCUUCUUUUAUGAUUAGCAGUCUCAUUUUUAUACUAUAUUUGUAAUAUACACUAUUUUACUGAUUGUCAUUCAUGUCUAAGAUCCAACAUCUUACAUAAAAGGUCAUUUGUAACAUGUAACACAUUUUACGCGUUUUAUCUGUUGAUAAAUAUCAGAAUCACAAACUUUCUUGGAUAAAAGAAAUUUGUGUUCCCGGACUACAUUUGAGGCGUUUGAUUCUUCUGCUGCGACAAAUUGUGACAUUUUGAAAUUAAAUGAAUACGAUUUUUUGAGACUUUUAA